GCGACGGGGCCGCCCCGGGGGCAGCCCGGGGGUUCCGCGGCGGGGACAGGUCUCUCCAAGGUGAUGAAGAUGAGCAGGUGAUGAAGAGGAGUGGGAUGCGCUGGUGGCUUGUCACUGUCCUGGGGGUGCUGAGCGGACCUGCCCGGGGAACCGGGAGCUGCAGCGCCCCGGAGCCGGGCACGGCGGGAUGCCCGCCCGGAGAGGAGCCCAGCGGGGAUCCAUCGGGGGCGUGCCGAGCUUGUCCCCCCGGCACCUUCUCUCUGGGAGACGCGUCCUGCGCCGCUCACACGCAGUGCCGGGCCGGGAACAGGGUGCUGGUGGCGGCGGGGACGGCGGCGAGCGACAGCCGCUGCGGAGCCUGCCUGCCGGGGUUCCACAGCCCCGGAGGGGAGAGGGAGCCCCGGGGCCGGUGCCUGCCCUGCGCCGCCGCUCCCCGCAGCACCCCGGGCUGCCCAGGCGGGCGGCGAGCCCGCAGCCCCGAAAUGCCGGGCAGGACACCGGGCACCAACGGGACACGCGUGACCCUGCUGGGUGAGGAGGAGGAGGAGGCGGCAGCGGCGCAGGCGGCCGUGCUGACCAUCGUGCCGGUCUUCUGUGCCAUGGGGUUGCUGGGAAUCCUGGUGUGCAACCUGCUGAAGAAGAAGGGUUAUCACUGCACCGCCAGCAAGGAGCCCCAGCCCGCCGGAACCGGUGCCAGCUCCAUCUACCAGUUGGAGGAUGCCAACGAGGACACCAUCGGGGUGCUGGUGCGCCUGAUCACCGAGAAGAAAGAAAAUGCAGCGGCGCUGGAGGAGCUGCUGAAGGAGCACCAGAGGCAGCAGCUGAUGCCACCGAGCUGUGCCCCCCUCAAUAAGCUGCACCUCCUGCCUCAGUUUCCCCCCGCCUGCCACCACCAGCAGCACCUGCACACGGUGCAGGGCCCGGCCCCGUGUGCCCGCUGUGACCAGAAGUGGCCCGAGGUGCUGCCACCGCUCGGUGCCACCAAAGCCCCCAAACCCGGAGCUCAUCCCAGCGAGGUGACCAUCCUCUCCAUCGGCAGGUUCCGGGUGUCCCGGAUCCCGGAGCUGAGGAGCGAGGCCGGGGGGGAGCCCCUCCGUGGUGCCCUCCCCGCUGGCGGCGGGAUGUGACCCGUGAUGGGACAGCACCAAGGGCUCCACCAGGUGACAGCCACAAAGACCCCGUGGAGGGGUGGAGGACGCCGGGUGCUGUGUGAAAGCCAGUCCUGCUCAGAGCUGCCAGGUGCUGGAGGUGGCAGCUCAGCUCCUGCUCCUGCCACCAGGGUGUCCAAGGGCAGCACAGCAAAUCCAGCAUCUCGCUUGGCUGGUGACAAGGAUUCUCUGUCCCUGAGGCCUGGUGGUGGCCACAGCGUGGUGGCCUCAUAGAAGGUGACUCCAGGAGCUGCGAUGCCAGGGGUGGUGGCCACAGGAACCAUCAUCUCUGGGAACCAUGAUGCCACCACACAGCUCCACUGGAAGCACAGAGGGCACUGGAUGCCAUUUCGUGGUCACCUUCUGGGUGUGUUGAACUCUCCAGGACCAUCAUGAACUCCUGAUUUCCCUGCAUCACCUGGUGCCAGUGCUCAGCAUCGCAGGAUAAUGAAUCACUGGAUCACAGAGUGACU